AUGUCGGAAGAUUCAUUUGAUGAUGACUUCGAAGAUGAACUAGACGAAGUCUUGAACAGAGGCGCUGUUAACAGACAAGUACAAGAGACAAUUAUACGGCGUGAUGAACCUGCUCAAAGAACUUUAACUGGGGAUAUCAUACAUCGUGACCCAGCAGAGUAUGAAGAGAUCAGAAGAGAAGUAACAUAUGGUCCAACACAUCACAAAACCAAUCCAAUUGACAUGAACACAUUUAUUUAUCCAUCAAAUCUGGAAAUGAGAGAUUACCAAUAUGACAUUAUUGUUAAGGCAUUUUAUAAAAACCUUUUAUGUGCGAUCCCAACUGGUAUGGGUAAGACGUUCAUUGCUAGUACUGUUAUGCUUAACUACUAUAGGUGGUUCAAAGAAGGUAAAAUUAUAUUCAUGGCGCCAACAAGACCAUUGGUUGCUCAACAAAUUCAGGCUUGCUUAGGAGUUACAGAUAUACCCAGUGGUGAUACUGCUAUUUUAUUAGAUAAGACAAGAAAAAAUAGACCAGAAAUUUGGAACAGCAAAAGAGUAUUUUUCACUACACCUCAGGUUGUUGAAAAUGAUUUGAAGACUGGAAUUUUGAACCCCAAAGAAAUUGUAUGUUUGGUAAUUGAUGAAGCUCAUAGAGCUAGGGGUAAUUAUGCAUAUACCAAUGUGGUUCAAUUCGUUGAGAGAUUCAAUACAUCUUAUAGAGUUCUAGCAUUGACUGCUACCCCAGCAGCUGAUAUUGAAGGUGUUCAAGAAGUUGUUAACAAUUUGCAUAUAUCUCAAAUUGAAAUAAGAACAGAAGAAAGUAUUGAUAUUGUCAAGUAUAUGAAAAGAAAAGAAACUGUAAGGAUAAACGUUGGUCUCAAUAGUGAAAUGGAGGAUAUCAUUGAACUGUUAAGUGAAGCUAUUGAUCCAGUUCUGAAACAGGCAAAUGAAGCACACAUCUAUGAGGUUACAGAUCCUGGAAAAAUUAAUGCAUUUCAAGUCAUGCAAAAAUCACAAGCUAUUAUCAAGAACCCGACUUUGAAUGAAGGUAUUAAAUGGAAAUAUUACUUCAUUUUACAAGUUAUUGGGUAUGUUGGUCAAAUGCUGAGAAGGUUGAAAAUUUACGGUGUUAGAACAUUUUAUUCAUAUUUCCAGAACAAAUGUAAAGAAUUCAGAACCAAGUAUAGCAUGGGUAAAUCAACAAACAAAACAUCCGCAGGAUUUUUCUAUCAUGAUGCUCUUAAAAAGAUUGAAAGAAUAUGCGACUCAACAUUAGCUGAUCCAAGUUAUGUUUCACAUCCCAAGUUAGAACAUAUGAUUGAUGAACUUAUGGGCUUCUUUCAGCAUAAUAAGAAGUCUCGGGUUAUCGUUUUCACUGAAUUAAGAGAAUCAGCUUUAGAAAUAGUCAAAUGUAUUGAUGCUGUUGCUGGAGAUGAAUGUAAAGCUCAUAUAUUUAUUGGUCAAUCAAAAGCCAAAGAGGGUUUCGAUGAAGAAGAAUAUACAAGAAAGAAUGCACCAAAAGGUAGAGGGAAACAGAAAAAGCAAGAGAGAGAGGAACGUGAAAGAGAAGCUUUGGAAAAGAAGCAAAGAGAUAAAGAACUUUCAGCUGCAGAAAGAAAAGCUAGUAGAACGGCUACUUCUGAAGAAGCACAAUUACAAGGAAUGAAUCAAAAGACACAGAAGGAGUUGAUAAAGAAGUUUAAAAAUGGUGACUUCAAUGUCUUGGUGGCUACAUCUAUUGGUGAAGAAGGUUUAGAUAUUGGUGAAGUUGAUCUGAUUAUAUGCUAUGAUUCCACAAGUAGUCCAAUUAAGAACAUUCAAAGAAUGGGUAGAACUGGUAGAAAAAACAAUGGUAAAGUCAUUUUGCUUCUUGCUUCAAAUGAGGAGCUGAAAUUUGAUCAAGCUAUGGAAGGAUAUGCUUUUGUUCAGAAGCAAAUUGCACAAGAUUGUUUGGAUACACAUAAGUCUGAUAGAAUUAUACCAAAAGAGAUUCAACCUCGUUGCCUCAAAAAAUUGAUUGAAGUCCCUGAAGAGAAUUUGGCGAUUGCAAAAGGUGAAGAUGAAGAUGAAGUUAUCAAGUAUGCAACACAGGCGAUGCUUGGUAAAAAUGUUAAAGGUAAGAAAUCAUCUGCUAACUCUAAAUCAGCCAAACAAGGUAAAUUGCCAGGUCUUGGUAAAGCUGCUCAAAAGAAGAAAGAAGCAGAAGCUAAACGACCAAAAAGAUUUUUCAUGCCUGAUAAAGUUGAAACUGGAUUUGUCAAAUCUUCCAAACUUGUUAAAAAAGUAGGAGAACCAACGCCAGAUACAAGCCGUGAGGCGAGUAUAUCAUUGGAUUCGGAUUGUGAGGGAGAUAUCAGCUCCCACGCAACAAAAUCCAAGAACAAUUCAAGGGUUUCCAAUAUUUCAACAACUAAAUCAUCCAAUACUUCCAAAAAUGUUUCAUUCAACACAAGUAAAAAUACAAAUACCAUUACAAAUGCUUCAAAGAGGAAAAGCGGUAGUUUUUUAAGACCUGAUGUGAAUGCUGAAGAUGAAAAUAUUAGAAGACAUUAUUCUGAAUCCGAAGAUUCUGAAUCUGAAAUUGAGAUACUUAAGGAUGGUAACACAAACUCUAAGGUUUCCAAAAUAAAAAACUCUACUGAUAUUGCUGUUCAAAAUCUAAAACCAUAUCCUACUAAAAAUAUUCUUGAAGAUAUAAUUGAUGCAAGUGAUGAUGAUGAUUUAUUUGCAAAGCAAUUAACUCCAGAGUACGAAAAAGCUGAUUUUUUGGCAAGUUCACCAAAGGAACAAUUUCCAAAAGAUAAUGGUCAAAAUUCAGAACUUGAUGAUGAAAUAAUUGAUAGUGAUGAUGAAGUCUCAGAAAUAAAAGAUCCAUCCCAUGACCAAAAGACACAUGGUGAAACUACCUCUGGCGUGAAGACAUCAACUCCACUGAAAAGGCUAUCUGAUAAUACGUCAAGUGCUAACAAAAGAUCAAAACAAGAAGUACAAGGUGAUGUUCUGGAUUCUCUUUUAAGCUUCAAAGCAUAUGAAAGUGAUCAAGUAGAAUAUAAUGGAAGUCUUUCUAUUCAACCUUACAAAGAAGCUGAAAAGGUCAUGGAGAAACAAUAUGAUAAUGAUCCGUCAUUUGUUGAAGAUUCUUUAUCAGAUCAGGAAAAUAACAAAGGAGGUAAACGUAAAGCUACUAAAGGAUCUGCUAAGAAGAAAUCCAAUAAACAAGCUGAAGUUCCAAUUGAAACACCAUCAAAACUGGAUAUUACCAAGUUGUUGAAAGAAGGUAAAAAAUCAAAAUUGAUUAAGCAUAAUAAAGUUGUUGACUUAUCAGUUUUAAGUAAUGAUCAAAUUGUUGAUCUUGAUGAUGAAUUUGGUUCACAAAAUUUAAUCAAAAAAAACAAUGAAGUGAUACCCAAAAGGAAGCAAAGAUCAACAAAUAUUCAAUAUUAUUUAUCACAAAAUGAUACAAUUGCAAAAAAUGAAUUCAUGAAAAAUGAAGGUUUUUUAACUGAAUCACAGAAAAGAUUGUUUUUCAGUGAAUAUUAUUCUUCAGUAGAAGUUGAUGACUUGAAUUUAAAUCCAACUUUAGAUGCCAGAAGAGGUUCCAAAACAUUUGGUAUUGGUCAUAGUAGAGUUAGUCAAAGGUUUUCAAAUUUAGUUGGUAUAAUACGUUCACCAAAAGGUAGAAGUUUAAACAAGUUAAUAAAUCAAUUCAAUUCAAAUAAAGAUAUUAGAUUUACAGAUGUUAUAACAGAUAAUGAUGGUAUAGUUGGAGAAGAUGAAAUUGAAUAUGUUGAUACUAAUAUUAGAAAAGAACCUAUUCCAAUUGAACUUGAUGAUGAAUCUGAAGGUGAAGAUAGCGUUCUGGAUAAUGAAAGACCUGGUGGUCCUGGGUUCACAAGUAUCAGUCUUCUCAGUGACGAUGAUGACGAAUUCAAAAGUUUAUAG